AUGUCGCCUUCAAGGCCCCGCUCUAGCCAUCGUGAUCAGUACAGAGACCGUAGUCCUAGUCGCGGACAUCAUCGAAGCUCGCGAUCACCUGCACAUGACUCAAAGCAUGGCGACAAACAUAGGGAACGGAGGCGUCAUCAUCAUCAUCGUGAGCACAGAGAGCUUUCACCCGUAUCCGCUGCACCGCCCGUUCUACCAUACAAUGCAAGGCAAUUAUCGAAACGCGAUCUUUCUCAACUAGAACCGAUGUUUGCGAUGUAUCUGGAUAUACAGAAGGGAUUGGUGAUAGAGGAUAUGGAUGCACAGGAAGUCAUGGGGAGGUGGAAGAGCUUUAUCAAAAAAUGGAACCGUGGAGAACUCGCCGAAGGGUGGUAUGACUCUGCCACUUUUGAGAAAGCCAAGGGUAGUUUGAACGAUAUACGAACUGCUCACAAUCGCGAAAUGAACAAAAGCUUGAAUCAGGUUGGACAACUCAGCGAUAAUGAUGACAUGGGAAACAAUAAAGGCGAUGUCCCCAUGGCAGAAAAUGACGAUGACAAUGGUGACGAUGAAGAGGAUUAUGGACCUAGGCUACCCAGCGGGGGUGUUACCUCUAGGGGGGCUCUGUUUGGUCCUACUAUACCGAAUAUACAAGAUCUAGAGCUUCGGCGUGAACAAGCUCUCGCAGAUGCUGAAGUAGCUCGCUUAGACGCCCGCGCUCAAUACAAACAAGAAAAUUCAUCACACAAAACCCACCUCCGUGCAUUCGAAGACGAAGUCGCCCCUCGCGCAGAGCCCGGAACCCACGAGCGCAAAAUGGAGAAGAAGCGGGAAAAAGCAGCGGCAAACCGUGAAUUCGCAUCCGGCCGACGAGGAGGUUCUCCUACGAUGGAUGACGCGCCCGACUCAGAAUUGAUGGGUGGUGGUGGUGAUGAUGAUCUAUCUGCGCUGAAACGAGCGAAAGAGCAAGAAGCGAGAAAGAAAAAUGAAAGGGAAAUGCGUCGUGAAGAGAUUUUGAGAGCGAGAAAGGCGGAGAGGGAGGAACGGUUGGCAGAGUAUAAGAAGAAGGAAGAGGAGACUAUGGGGUGGCUAAAAGCUUUGGCUAAGCAGCGAUUUGGUUAG